AUGGUUACACAUUUCGGGGGAUCUCAAACGUGGGACGAAAAGUUCAAGAACGCAUGCAGAAACCUCGUGAGAAAGCCGGGCUCAGGUUGUGAUGAGUUUGUCUCCUGUGUAGCCACUCUGGCAUGGUGCAUGAAACUUCGUCCAUCCGGUUUCUCGCAUUCUCAGAAACCGAAAUGCUGCUGGGGGGACACCUAUGGACAAGCCAUCAAGGCUCGACUCGGUGUUGAAAGUUCAUUGAUUUACUACGGAAUUGCUGAGCCAAGCCGCCUCCGAAAUUUAAUCAGCGGCCCGGCUCAACUUCCACCAUCGUCGCACUCCGCAUCUUCGUCGGAUGAGGGUAUCCUGAAUGCUUGCCCUUCGUCCCUCUUUACUCGUAUGCAUACCUACAUGUACGGGGCACAUCAGCCAAGCGACGAUCUAAUGAAUGCAUCUCCCGUAUCGCCUCCCGAGGCAGAGCAAUACUAG